ACGCCUUACAAAACAUCCUAGGAAGAUGAUGCAAGCUUUUGCAUCCGACUUGAUUCAGCAACGGAAACAAAUUGUAUGGAAGAAUCAAAGGGAUGCAAGAAGAAUGGCAGCGUGGUUCAAAAUGAGUGUGCAAAAGCCAGGGAGAAUAAGGUUAAAAAAAUCCUCCUCUUUCCGGUCUGAAGCAAAGAUAAGGAGAACUGAGCCAAAUGGUACUCGGUUUUGAGAAGAUGUCAAGGUUGGAUUUUGGUGUUACCGAAGAGAAGCCAAAUUGUCCCGUGAGCAAGUUGUCUCCUAAUCUUGCUCCGCCGCUGUCUGCUUCCGUGACUAAAUGCAAUGACCCGAUGAGGGACAAGGUACGGGAACUUCUCUUCGAGGCUUUGUCCAGAGUUUCUGGUGAAGCAAGCAACGACAUCAUUGAAGAAGUGAAUGCAUGUGACCCAUCUAGGAUCGCUGUUUCAGUUGAGUCAACGAUGUUCCAGAAUUGGGGUCGUAUGAACGGCACCCACAAGAUGAAGUAUAGGUCCAUAAUGUUCAACAUUAAGGAUCCCAACAACCCGGAUUUCAGGAGAAAAGUUCUUCUCGGCCAUGUCAAGCCAUAGAGGCUCCUAAAGAUGACCACAGAAGAAAUGGCUAGGGAUGAGAGGCAACUUCAAAAUCAACAGAUAAAGGAGAAAGCUCUGUCCAAAUGUGAGCUAGGAGCUGCACCGAAAGCCACAACUGAUCAAGUCAAGUGUGGACGAUGCAGUGAGAGAAAAUGCACUUACUACUAGAUGCAGAGGAGGAGCGCGGAUGAACCAACGACGACAUAUGUCGCUUGUGUUAACUGCCAUAACUAUUGGGACUUCUGUUAAGAUCACUUGCUUAGGAGCUGUUAUGACACGAUGACGGUGUUAAAAAAUUCAACCCAAAAGCUUAAUCUGAUAGGUAGAGAGAAUUGGCCAGCUAAUACCCUUGAUGUUCUUGCCUUGUUCUUUAAUUUAGCAUUUGCUCACUUGAUCGUGAAUUGAAGGAAUCACAAUAUGAAAAGUCCAUAUUUGCCCUUGAUGUCCUCAUUGAUCGAGUUCGACCCAUGAUUUUCUUAUGCAAUGAAUAGGGAAGUACGUUGCAAAA